ACUCCAACAAGCAUGGUUAACAUACCAAAAAUCUAUUGGACUUUUGGUAAGAAAUGUGACAGACAUCAGCCCCACAAAGUCACACAGAAGGGCAAGGAUUCUCUGUAUGUCCAGGGAAAGUGGCAUUAUGACAGGAAACAGAGUGGUUAUGGAGGUCAUAUAAAGUCAAUAUUCUGGAAAAAAGAUAAAACUACAAAGAAGAUUGUGUUGAGACUUGAAUGUGUUGAGCCCAACUGCAGAUCUAAGAGAAUGCUUCCCAUUAAGAGAUGCAAGCAUUUUAAAAUGGGAGGCGAAAAAAAUAAAAAGGGACAAGUGAUCCAGUUGAAGCAUCAUCUUUUAUAG